AGGCGGCUCGGUGCUAAGGGGUGAGUGAGUCGGAGCUCAGUCUCUCCCCAGCACAUUCUCGGCCGCUCCGGGUUCAGACCCAACGUAGGAGCCGCGAGAGAGGUUCACCAUCCCCCGGGCGGACAGGACUCCGGGGCUGCUGAGCGCUCCCGCGUGUCGGGCGCUCGGAGUCCCCGCAGCCGGAGAGGGAUCAGGACUCUAGAGCCCGGGGGUGCCUGUGGAAUCCAGCGCCUCGGGCUUCCCGGGUCCCCCGCACCGGGAGCCCCAGAGACGCGCUCGGCACCCGGAACGCUGCAGAAUAAGGUAACUGCAAGCCCUGGGCGCCCCAGCUAGGAGAGGGGAUGGCGGACGGGACUCCCGGGUCUCCUGUCACCGCUCAGCGGGUGUCUCCUCUCUCUCCACGUCUGGGAAAGAAGCUUCUCUUGCCAAACGAAAGCUGCAGACUUUUGUGAAAGUGAGCAGCUGCAGCCCGGGGUGGUUGGGGGUGCUGGCUCAGGGACUUUCCGUGCCGGGUCCUCGGCUUCUGACCCCGGGGGAAUGAGGGGGCGGGCCUCCACUACUGCCCCCAGCACGGUCGGACUUGGCGGCGGUGUCCCAAGCAAGGUGCCCUGGACUUUCGAAGUCAGCUGGUGGGCCCCCUCUAAGAAACCUAAGCAACUUCUGCCGACACAAACUUUCCGGAGACGCGCGCCUAGCUCAGCCUGAUCUACCUUAGCUGACGAAGAAGGAGGCGAGAGUGGAUGGAUGGCCACGGCUGCAGCCGUCCGCGCCAGGGACAGGUGCAUGCCCCAGCUGGGUCGCGCUUUAGUUUUUGAAUUUGUCUUUUGCGGAGUUGCGCACAGGUACGAGGCCAGCCCGAACUGGGAGUGCAGAGCCGUGUGCACGACCCCGCCUCACACUGGCGAUCUGACUUGGGGUGUUCUCUAUCCCAUGGUUGCCCUGUGCGGUCAAGGCCUGGAGCGUAACCCACGACUAUCCGGGUGCAGGGAAGCAUGUAGGGGGCGCGAACACUUUCCCAAUUAGAGAUCCGCACGUCGCGGUAGCGGGAACAAUGUGGAGCCGCGAGUGUCCUCAGUUUCGGGCGUGGAAAGGAAGGAUUCGUUUGCUCCUAGGACUGUCUCUCUUCCGGAGAGAAGGUGGGAGCCGGAGGAGAGAGAGAGAGAAAGAGGUGAGGCACUGCCUGCUGAACUAGUUCUCCCCUCGAAAUUUCUUUGAUAAGAGGAAUGAAAACGCACAUCCAGUCUUUUUUCAGCAUCUUGGCCAGUAGCGGGGUAGGUUCUUGGAGUAUAGAGCAGCUUCGAGGGCUCUUUGUUGCCGCAAUUUGGUAAAUUUCAGCCGGGCUAAGCGCUGCGCGCUGGCUCUUGGGAACAGAAACCACGUGCAAGGCUAGUUAAUCUCCCAGGUUCACGGCCUCCUAGAGAAGAGAGGGGCUGCCAAGGACGUGGGGAGAGGGGGGACGGGUGGAAGGCAACCAGUAGGUAGAUAUUCUAUCCGAGGCUCCUCGAAGUAAUUGCGAUUUCAGUUAAGAUAGAGGAGCAGAUCGCUAAGGACACAGCCGGCAUUUCAAUGCAGCGGCCGCCUAGGCGAAGGGUUCGUUCGAUCUCGUUCGUUGAGCGAUUUAAAUACAGCUAUCUGGUGUUGGUCAGUACUCCUGCCAGGGCCCCAGACGCUUGCCACCACGCGUGUUGGGAAUUCGAUGUUAAGGAUGAUUUUCUGGGGCUGCUGCUGGGCUUCUCCAGGCGCAAGCUCGUGGAGCUCGCUCUGUCCUCAUUAAUGCGAGCAGUUAACUCGCUCACGCUCAAUUAGCCCCGAAUAAACCGCUUUAAUAGACUCUGCACACUUCAUUAAUGCCCGGCAUAGGGCUGGCAGCAGACCCGGUACUGGCGCUCUACCGCACGAGGGAAACAGUGUCUGCACCGCGCGGGGACCUGGGCUUGGAACGAGAAUGGCGUUUGAUGCGCUUAGUCGGCACCCUUUCUCGCACUUCCCAGGUCCCAAGGUCCAAGCUCCUUGCCCAAGGGAUGCCUGGCUUGGGGCCUGGGAAGACGUGUUUCGUGUUUAAAGAUCUAAAGCUUUCACGCUGAGGUUCUGGGGUCAGGGCAACGGGAGCCAGCGGGGCUGGGCGUUUGCUCAUCCUCUCCUCUCGGCGGGAGAGGCGAGUGUGAGACUGUGUUUUUCUCUUAGCUGACCGCCUGAAACCGGAUCGUGCAUUCGGCCCAUUCUUGGUACUACUAGUGCGAGAGCCACGUUUCGAACGAAUUUCGUCCCCAGGAAAGUCGUUGGCGAGAGCCGGGGGAGCCUUGGCCUCGGAAUGCGGCAGAAAAUAAACUGGCUGCGCCGCCGAGGAAAAUAAAUGGAGUGUUGGGGGAAACAAGAUCGGGCGGAUAGCCCGGAAAGGUUGGCUCCCAAGAGCGGUGUUGGCUGCGAGCGCCCCCUCCCCUUACCCAGUCCAGAGUCUUCUCUGCUCUUCAGGGUGGGCAAGCAAAGGCCAGGUUAUUAGUAGGCCAGGUUGGUGGGAUCUCCCACCCGCUCCGCACGGAGCGGGCUCGGGCUCGGAUGCAGCCCAGCGCCCCGCCGCCAUCGCCGGGGGUAGGCCGAGCCCCGAGAGGAGCAAGUGGAGGCCCCGGCGGCGCCUGGCGGGGCCCCGGGGAGCCAGAGAUAAGGAUCUGAUUUCCAGCGCCUGGGGGGGAAGGAGAAGUGACAGCAAAUCAAAGAGCGCUCACCUCGCCUAAGUCUGGGCAGACCUUUGAAGUCGGCGAGUCACCUCCUCUUUUCUCCCCCCCUUCCCCUUCCCCUUCCCAACCCAAACAGGCUCCAGCUUUCUCUCUGGCCCAAUUCAUAUUCUGCUUCGUCGGGUCUCAGCGCUACAAGAUGGUCUCGGAUUGUCCCCGGCGUGACCCAUGUCCCUGGCGCAGUGGAGAAGACUGGUGCAGAGGCUAUGGCUCUGUCGCCUGGGUCCCCGCCGGCACUCCCAGCUUUGUGCCUCCCUUAGCCCCGAGGCUGAAUUAAUUGCGGCAGGCCUGGCUCAGUUUUCAUUCCCGAUUGCUAAUUUAACCUGCGAAAGCAAAUCUUUGCUGCACUCUCAGUGUUUUGCACCCUCUGCCCCCAGCAGAGCCUCUUUCCUCGUGGCCCAAGGAUCGGAGAGUGACCUUCCUGCCAGCUUCCAAAGGAAAGGGUUUCUAGGUCAAGAUUGUCCUCACUCUUCUGGGACCUGCAGGCACAACCCUCACAUUAAAAGCUUCUCUGUACUGAAAGGCAGCCUGAGCCUUAUGGCCUGGGCUGAGGGUAAGCUAGGCUGCGGAAGCUGCCUGGGUGGUGUCCCUGCCUGCUGUGGAGGGAACAGAGCCGGGGCCUGCCCAUCCCAGUGUCUGAGACUUGCUGCAGGAUGGAGGAAAGAUCUGAGCCAGUGGAGAGGGGAAAUAAGGAGUAACAGAAGAGUUGGAGAAGUGGGUGGCAGGGCGUUGAGACUGGCAAAGGAGAAGUGAUUCCCAGGCUGCCUGCUGCCACAGUGAGUCCUUGAGAUGGAGCUCAGCUCUUGAGUGUCCCAAAGUCUUCUGUAAUUUUGGCUUUCCUUCUCCUUGUUUUUGCCUCCACUGGACAGACCUGAGUUAGGAGUGUCUGGAAGGCACAGACCUGAAAGGUCUCUGCAGAGUCCAGAGGCUAGAGACCCUGACCAAAGAGGCCAGGAGGUGCCAGGAUCCUUGUCACAUCAGCAGGCCUUGCCUGAGCUCCCAGGCCUUGCAUUUGGAGGGUGGGUAGCCCACAGCAGCCGAGGCCCAUCCUCAGUGCUCCAGCUCCUAGGCAAACCCACCUGCCCAGGGGGCUCACCACAGGCACAAACAUCCUCAGAGCCCAAAGACCCUACCCUCUUUUCUAUGGGCUGAGGGGUGCUCUGAAGCCCCUUAUAGGUGACUGGUGACUGUCGAUGUUUGAGUAAGUGUGGGUGUCAGUGUCCUCAGUGAAAUGAAGGUGAUGCCCAAAGGCCAUGGAAGGGAGUCAGUCUGCAAACAGCUGCAGAGAGUGUGGUGUCAAAAGGGCUCGUUUAAAGUGAGGCCGAAAAGCAAAUUUAAGGUCAAAGUUGAGAGUUGUAAGACGAUGACACUGCUUCUAGAAGCCAGGUUUGGAGGUCAGUGAGUAGAGCUUAAUGCAUAAGAGCUGGGAGAUGUGUGGAUUUGUGUGCGUUUGUAUAUCUGUGAGGCUCUUUGUAUGUGUUUUGUGAGCCCCUGUGUGUGUGUGUGUGUGUGUGUGUGUGUGUCUGUGUGUGUCCACACGCAUGGCUCCCUGCAUUUUAUUCAGUAGCACAAUACUGGUUUUCCCAGUUUAUCUCUGCACCUCGUUGUCAACUCUGCUUCAGAAUGUGUGAAUCCCUGUUUAUCUGUCAGUGUGUAUUUCAAUGUUUGUCUGUCUGCCCGUGAGUGUGUAAGUGUGCUUCCAAGUUUCUGUUAUCUUCACAGGAGAGUGUGAUUCUGUGUUGACCCGGGCUUGCCUGGAUGUAAGUCUCUGCACACCACUUCCCCCGUGUUUCUGCCUUUCUCAGUAUCCUGUACACCAUAGGCUCUCAUUUUAAGUUGGUCGCACUGCAUAAGAUUUAGUUUGGUUUCUGUAUCCGUUGUGUGUCUCUGCCUGUCUCUGCCGGAGGCCAUUUGGAAGGCGUGCUCGAACCACAGACAGUUCCUGUCUUUUCCGUGAGGGCAGUGAGUUCCUUGGCUGGGGUCUUAGACUCCCAGCCCCUGCUCAGGAAGACGGAGAGGGUGUGGCCAGGCUGGAACUCAGAGGAGGGCACCUACCCUGAACUUCUCUGUUCCUCUCCUCUUCCCCCUUCGUCUUUUCCUUGCAGAUCGAGAUUGAGGACAGACUGCCACGACCGCCAUGGGCAGCAAAACCUUGCCAGCGCCGGUGCCCAUCCACCCAUCCCUGCAGCUCACCAACUACUCCUUCCUUCAGGCAGUGAACGGCCUGCCCACAGUGCCCUCGGACCACUUGCCCAACCUGUAUGGUUUCAGUGCACUGCACGCGGUGCACCUGCACCAGUGGACGCUGGGCUACCCCACUAUGCACUUGCCGCGCUCCUCUUUUUCUAAAGUGCCGGGCGCUGUGUCCAGCCUGGUGGACGGGCGCUUCCAGCUGCCCGCCUUUCCCUGGUUCCCUCAUGUCAUCCAGCCCAAGCCAGAGAUCACUGCUGGAGGCAGCGGGCCCGGGGCUCUCAAGACCAAGCCGCGCUUUGAUUUUGCCAACCUGGCCUUGGCCGCCACACAAGAAGAUCCCUCCAAGCUUGGCCGAGGGGAGGGUCCCGGUUCCCCUGCCAGUGGGCUGGGUGCCCUCCUGGAUGUGACCAAGCUGUCCCCAGAAAAGAAGCCCACGAGGGGACGCCUGCCUUCCAAAACCAAGAAAGAGUUCGUAUGCAAAUUCUGUGGCCGCCACUUCACGAAGUCCUACAACCUCCUUAUCCAUGAGCGGACGCACACAGAUGAGCGGCCCUACACAUGCGACAUCUGCCACAAAGCCUUCCGGAGGCAAGACCACCUAAGGGACCACAGAUAUAUUCACUCCAAAGAGAAGCCUUUCAAGUGUCAAGAGUGCGGGAAAGGAUUCUGCCAGUCCAGGACUCUCGCUGUCCACAAGACGCUACACUCACAGGUGAAGGAGCUCAAAACCUCCAAGAUCAAAUGCUAAAUAGAGCCUCCAGGGCACCAGGACCCUGGGUCUAGCCACCCCCUCCUCCAAAGGGACAGAAGCCGAAGGCGACUCUGGCGGGCAGCGGGAGGGGCUCCCUGGACCUUCCCCGUCCCAAACGUGUCCCCUGGGUCCCCGGCGCACGCGGAACUCCAGAGCCUCGCCCCGGGCCGUGACCCCGGCCGCCCGGGCGGCUCCCCCAGGACGCGGCUAAACUCUUGGCCAAAAGGCGGUACUCACGUGGCGGAAGGGAAACUGCAUUUAAAAAAGAACGAAAGCUUCGCGGAGCCGCAGCGGCGCCUCUCCCAGAAGUAUUACUUUUUCUAUUGUUAUUUUAUACGUUUUCUUUAUUAUUUUUUUUCUUUGACCAUAUAAGCUUGUAACUCUGACGGCGGAGAGCGAGGGGAGUGGGAAGGAAGUUCUGUGCUCUCGCAGCUUCCAACCCCUCCUCCCGCCCCCCUCCCCACCCCCGGGAGCCUGCAAAAGUGUAAUCCCUGUAUCUGCUUCGGCGGCCGGCCCCGGGAUCCCGGGGCCGGGGAGCGCCCUCCCAGCUCCCGCCGCGCAGCGGGCGGUGGGCUCCUGGACUCGGAGGGCGGGGAGGGAGCCUGGGGCCCUGGGGCUGGAGGGGCCGGGCUUCCGGCUCCCCUGUUCCGCCGCCCCGUCACCUCGAGCGAGCAGCGGGCCAGGAGCAGGGCGAUGGAUUGCGAUUGGCACUUUAUGCUGACCAUCGGUAACGGACAUUUAUCACUGGAGUUUUUAAAAAAUAUUAAAUAAACGGCUAUUUUACAGGCA